GGAGUGGAUUGAAGCCGCCCGGGCCGGCUCCCGCACCUCUAGGCCCGCAUCCCCGCGACUCGCUCCCUUCUUGGACUCCUCACCCCCUGGAUCCACUCCAGUCUUCGUAGACCAAGUGUUGGCCGGUGUCCCUCAAUAUACACCAACCCGCCUUGCGAAAACGUAAAUUUUUAAAAAGUUGAAGAGACAAGGAAUUGUUCGUUUUACCUUCAGUUUACGGUUUAUCGUUAAGGUUAGAUUCCUGCUUGAGCAGAACUUGGUGCCAAAUCAGCUUCCUCUCGUUUAUUACCGUGAAGAGAAAAACGCGGUUUCACCCUGUGCUGAACGCACUCUCGUUUCCCUCGUCUAUUGCCUCCAGCCAGAUGGGUUUCACCUGCAAGGAAUAGUUUGCACAGGCGAUAAACUCUCCCAUUUUUCGAAUAUUUCUCAUCCAGCUUUUUUUUUUUUUUAAAUCUCUGUUGGUUUUAUUGAGAUUCUAGAAUACGGCAACACAUCAUUCCAUAAAACAGAACAGUGUUCCCCCAUCCAGCUUUCUGAACCUCCAUUUUAACUCCCCUUGGGCGGCAGUGGGUCUGCUAGACGCUUGUUUGCCCGAGCAAAGUUUACUGAACACCUAGUAUAUGCCGGGCGGUCAGCACUGGAGAUACAGAGACAGGCACUAGAGAUCCAACGGUAAUGAAGGCAUUGACCAACGCUACUUGGAUGAAUCUGACCUUCUCUUAGGAGACUUGAAUGUUGUUUGUAAUGAAUAAACCAGUUCUGUCUUGUUUGGAACAAUGUUGAAAUUCCAAGAGUGUGUGAGUGUAUCAACAACUCUUUCCACUUCUCCAAAGAGAUUGAUUGCAGGAAGAUAUAUGCUUCAACAGAAACUUGGCAGUGGAAGUUUCGGAACUGUUUAUCUGGUUUCAGACAAGAAAGCUAAACAAGGAGAGGAAUUAAAGGUAUUGAAGAAAAUAUCUGUUGGAGAACUAAAUCCAAACGAGACUGUGCAAGCCAGUUUGGAAGCCCAGCUCCUCUCCAGGUUGGACCACCCAGCCAUUGUUAGGUUCCAUGCAAGCUUUGUGGAGCAAGAUAAUUUCUGCAUUAUCACAGAGUACUGUGAGGGCCGAGAUUUGGACUAUAAAAUUCAGGAAUAUAAAGAAGCUGGAAAAACCUUUCCAGAAAAUCAAAUAAUAGAAUGGUUUAUCCAGCUGUUGCUGGGAGUUGACUACAUGCAUGAGAGGAGGAUACUUCAUCGAGAUUUAAAAUCAAAGAAUGUAUUUCUGAAAAAUAAUCUACUUAAAAUUGGUGAUUUUGGAGUUUCUCGACUCCUUCUGGGAUCUUGUGACAUGGCCACAACUUUAACUGGAACUCCCCAUUAUAUGAGCCCUGAGGCUCUGAAACACCAAGGCUACGACACAAAGUCGGACAUCUGGUCACUGGCAUGCAUUUUGUAUGAGAUGUGCUGCAUGAAUCAUGCAUUCACUGGCUCCAAUUUCUUGUCCAUUGUUCUAAAAAUUGUUGAGGGAAACACACCUUCUCUUCCUGACAGAUAUCCUAGAGAACUAAACGCCAUCCUGGAAAGCAUGUUGAAUAAGAAUCCUUCAUUGAGACCAUCUGCUAUAGAAAUUUUAAAAAUUCCUUACAUUGAUGAACAGCUACAGCACCUGAUGUGUAGAUAUUCAGAAAUGACUCUGGAAGACAGGAAUGUGAAUUGUCGGAAGGAGGCUGCUCAUAUAAUUAAUGCCAUGCAAAAAAAGAUCCACCUACAGACUCUGCAGGCACUGUCAGAAGUGCAGAAAAUGACGCCGAGAGAAAGGAUGAGGCUGAGGAAGCUCCAGGCGGCUGAUGAGAAAGCCAGGAAGCUGAAAAAGAUUGUGGAAGAAAAAUAUGAAGAAAAUAACAAAAGAAUGCAAGAAUUGAGAUCUCGGAACUUUCAGCAGCUGAGUGUUGAUAUACUCCAUGAAAAACAUUUAAGAGGAACAGAAGAAAAGGAAGAGCAACCUAAGGCAAGACUUUCUUGUUGGACCCAGGAGGAGGAUAAGGAGAGGCAGCCAGGCGGGGAAGAGGAAUUUGAUGAACCGACUUCAGAGAACCUGCCUGAGUCUCAGCCUAUUCCUUCCCGGGACCUCAGUGAACUUGAAUCAAGUGUAGAGGACAUCAUAACUGACCUUGGACAUCAUGGUAUGUGUUUGCAUCAGUUUCAGAAGGGUCCUCUCAGCUGAUACAUGAGUUGUGUGGCUGGCUCUGCGGCUUUGCUGGCCUCUGAGAGAAGUCCUGGAUGUGUGUGACCACCUGCCAUCAGUUAUUACAGGGAGACUCAAGCUGUUGUCCUCCUUACCUCUCAUUUUGUCUUUUGUCAUAGAGUUUUCAGUAUGGU